AUGGGAGACGAGAAGAAGCCCAAGCCUGCUCUUGUUUCUGGUUUCUGGCCAACCAUCAAGCCUUUCGUCAAUGGCGGUGCCUCCGGCAUGCUCGCCACCUGUGUCAUUCAACCCAUCGAUAUGAUCAAGGUUAGGAUUCAACUCGGUCAAGGAUCUGCUGUUAGUGUUACAACUAACAUGCUCAAGAAUGAGGGUGUUGGUGCCUUCUAUAAGGGUCUAUCAGCUGGGUUACUCAGGCAGGCUACAUACACCACUGCUCGACUUGGAACGUUUAGGAUCUUGACAAAUAAAGCGAUUGAGGCUAAUGAUGGCAAGCCCCUGCCACUCUACCAAAAAGCUCUAUGCGGGCUGACUGCCGGUGCUAUUGGAGCAUCUGUUGGCAGUCCAGCUGAUUUGGCACUCAUUCGUAUGCAGGCGGAUGCAACUUUACCUAUUGCUCAGCGCCGAAAUUACACAAAUGCCAUCCAGGCACUUUACCGUAUUGGUGCAGAUGAAGGGAUUCUGUCACUUUGGAAAGGUGCUGGGCCUACUGUUGUAAGAGCCAUGGCAUUGAACAUGGGAAUGCUUGCAUCUUAUGAUCAAAGUGUUGAGUUCUUCAAGGAUACCGUUGGUCUAGGUGAAAUGCCUACUGUGGUUGGUGCAAGUAGUGUAUCUGGAUUUUUUGCAGCAGCUUGCAGUUUGCCAUUUGAUUACGUGAAGACUCAGAUUCAGAAGAUGCAACCUGAUGCUGAAGGAAAAUAUCCAUACACAGGCUCUCUUGACUGUGCUGUAAAAACCUUCAAAGCAGGAGGACCCUUCAAAUUUUACACUGGAUUCCCGGUCUAUUGUGUCAGGAUUGCUCCUCAUGUCAUGAUGACAUGGAUCUUCCUCAACCAGCUUCAGAAACUGGAGAAAAGUUAUGGAUUGUAG